UUUUUUAUUUUUUCAUUAAUGUUUAAAGUUCUGUUCUAACAUGGCCUCUGAUGAAGAGUUUGAAAGUUUUGAAAUUACAGAUUUUGAUUUGGAAAGUGAGCUUUAUCCUGGUCAACAUAAGAAACAAACAAAAGAACAGGCAAUAUAUGGUGUAUGGGCAAAUUCUGAUGAUGAAAAUGAUGGUCAUAUGCAAAGAAAAUCAAGGAAGAAAUUUGAAGUUUCUGAUUAUGUUGAUCCAAUGGGAUUUGUCAGUGGAGGAUUGUUUAAUGAAAAAGGUGAAGCUGAUGAGAAAAAAGAUGAUGAAAUGAAUAUACCAGUAAUAUCAGAGGAGAGAAAAAAAGGUUUCAAAAGCAAAACAGUUAUAAACAGCAAGAACUUUGGUGCUUGGGAAAAGUAUACUACUGGCUUUGGAAGUAAAAUGCUUGAAAAAAUGGGUUAUAAAGGCAAAGGUCUUGGAAAACAUGGAGAGGGUAUAACUGAACCUAUUGAAGCAUUUAAAAGAGGCGGAAGAGCUGCAAUUGGUGCUUAUGGUUCUGAAACCAAAAAAUCAAGAGAGCCUGUAUAUGACAGUGAAGAAAAUGAAGAAAUAGAAAUUAAAGCUGAAAUAGAAAAAUUACAUCAGUGGAAAAAAACUGGAGAAGAAUCAGGCAAGCCAAAGUAUGUUUACAAAACAGCUGAGGAAGUAAAAAAAAGUGGCGCCACUCAAAAGCUGGCACCAUUACUUUCCUAUGGAAAUAACAUUAAAGUUGUUGAUAUGACUGGACCUGAAACAAAAGUUUUGCAAGGUUAUAAUGCAAUAGGGCAUCAGCAUGCAAAACCCGGGGAAGGAGAAAAAAAAGGUAUCAUUGGAGAUGAUCACAAAGAUUUUGACAUUCCUGAGCUCCUUUACAAUUUAAAUUUAUUAGUGGAUCUUGCUGAAUCUGAAAUUAUUCAGAUUGAUAGACAACUUCGAUUUGAAAAAGACAAUGUUGUGAAUUUAACAUAUGAAAAGGAACGCUUAGAUAAAGUUGUACAAAAUGAAGAUAUAGAAAUAAAUAAUCUGGAACAUGUUCUUAGAAUCAUUGAUAGAUGCAAAGCAGGUUUUCAACCUGAUAAUGAUGAACCUUUAACUGUAGAAGGAUUGGUUCAUUGUUUUCAAACACUGAAAGAUGAUUUUUAUGAAGAAUACAAAUUAUAUAAUUUGGAUAAACUAGUAGUUCCUUUGGGUUUUCCACUCCUAGCCCGUCAUUUCAGCUCCUGGCAACCUUUUAGUGAACCAACACAUGGUAUCGAGUAUGUCAAACUGUGGAAGAAUGUUCUUGAAUCUGAACAAAAAAAUAUAGAGUUUGAAAAAACAAAAGAAAAUAGAAGCAUGAGUCCAUUUGAAAGAAUAAUUUGGGAGAUAUGGAUGCCACAUAUUCGCACUGCUAUUGGAAUUUGGCAAGCUAAAAAUCCCGAUCCUUUAAUUUCUGUAUUAGAAGCUUGGGUACAACUUAUUCCAGAUUGGGUAGUUGCAAACAUAUUAGAUCAAUUAAUAUUGCCAAAGUUACAAGCAGCUGUUGAAUUCUGGAAUCCUUUGACAGACCCUGUUCCUAUACAUUCCUGGAUACAUCCUUGGCUUCCUCUAAUGGGUGAUCGACUUGAACCCUUGUACCCACCUAUACGACAUAAACUGUCUGCUGCACUUACUAAUUGGUAUCCAUCAGACCCAUCUGCUAAAGUUAUUUUAGAACCUUGGGUUAAGGUAUUUUCUCGAGGCACUAUGGAAGCUUUUUUGAUAAGAAGCAUUUACCCGAAACUUGAACAAUGUAUGAGCGAAUUCAAAAUAAAUCCUCACCAACAGAUUUUAGAGCCUUUUCACUGGGUCAUGGCAUGGAAAGAUAUUAUCAGUGUCCAUCAUAUGGUUAGCAUACUAGAAAAACAUUUAUUUCCAAAACUGCUACAGGUUUUACGAAAGUGGUUGCUAAAUUCACCAAAUUAUGAUGAAGUUACAAAAUGGUAUCUUGGGUGGAAGUCAAUGUUUGGUGCAGAGUAUACUUCUAAUCCAACCAUUAAAGAGCAGUUCAAUCGAGCAUUGGCCUUGAUGAAUCAAGCUGUUAGUGGAACCAUGCAACCUGGUGCAAAGGAAAAUGUAGCUUAUCUAACAAGCACAGAAAGAAGGCGCGAAGCAGAACAAGCUUUUCUUUCUGAAAAGGUUCAAGCGUUAACGUCUAGCUCCAUUCCGACUCGUUUUAAGGACCUUGUGGAACAAGCUGCUGUUGAGAAUGGCUUGAUUUUUAUUCCUUUGCCUAAUCGUUGGCAUGAAGGGAAGACGGUUUAUUCGUUUGGAAAAUGUGUUAUUUACAUUGAUCGCGACGUUGUGUUUUAUUCAACCGAAGGAAAAUGGAAACCUUUGUCAUUGCAAGAACUCAUUGACUAUGCUAAAUAACCGCAUCAUAACAUGUGCUGUUUAGUUGUCUUCAAAAUUUAAAUUUUCAGUUAAGCUACGCUGUAACCGUUAAUCGAAAUUGUGGUCACAUUUUCAUAAUCGAAUUUCAUGAAAUUAGCUAAGUAGAAAAAGAUCGCUCUAACUUAUAAAGAAAAACAGUUUAAUAACUUUAUAUUAUUAUAUUUUAAAAAUUUAAUAUUUUAAUGCGUUAA